AUGCCUUCGUGGCUCAAACAGACAACCCGUCUUCUGUACGAGGCACCUAGCCGUAGUGUGCAAUCCGACCCAAGCGACUACGUGCUUCUUCGGAUCAACCCAGUAUACCUACAAAUCGCCGAGAUCCCAACCCGCAGGCGCGGAUCGAUACCUGCGUCUAUGCGCGUCUCCCUAGUCAGCACGUGGGAGGUUCCCCUCGCUUCCUUAUCGGCAGCAUCUCUGGCCUCCGCCUAG